UUCGAACCUGGCUGUCUGGAGAUCGGACCGAUGGUCCCCACAUCGAAAGGUCGUGCAAUGCAAAUGUCAGCUAGUCGGCCUCUCGUCAAGCCCGACGUCGAACGAGGUAUAUAUUCCAUCCACGACGAGAUGAGGGCGAAUCCAUCGAGCCUCGUCGGUGAUCUCUCCAAGUCACAACCACUCACGAGUCUUUUCCGCCAACAUGACCUCCAACCAAGCUUGGGACACCGCAUCAGUCGAGGAGAAGAAGCACGACGUCAUCCACGAUGAAGGUGAUGCGGCUUCGCAAGCCAACGUCCUCGUCGUCACUCCCGAGGACGACAAACGUGUUUGCCGGCUCAUCGACAAGAGAUUACUACCCAUUCUCAUCUGGGUCUACUUCUUGCAAAUUCUGGAUAAAUACCUGCUCGGUCUCGCCGCCGUCUGGGGUCUGAGAGAGGAAGCUGGUCUCCACGGGAAUGAAUACAGUACCAUGGCAUCCAUGAACGCUAUCGCCCAGCUCGUUUGGCUCCCCUUUUCAUCCUACCUGUUGGUCCGUCUCCCGGCUAAAUACUACAUGGCUGGUUUGGUCUUCGGAUGGGGUGGAGCGCUCUUGGGAAUGGGGUUCUCGAAGAGCUACGCCUCGUUGUGCGCCACGAGAUUCCUUCUCGGUCUCUUCGAGGCGGCCUGUCUGCCCCUUUUCGCCAUGAUCACCUCUCAGUGGUACAGGAGGCAGGAGCAGCCUCUGCGUGUGGCCACCUGGUAUGGUACCAACGGUCUCGCUACCAUGUUCGGUAGCUUGAUGAGCUUCGGAAUUGGGCACGUCAAGAGUCCUCACAUCUCGAGUUGGCAGCUGGUUUUCAUUAUUCCAGCAUGUCUCACCAUCUUGACCGCCCCAGUCAUUCUAUACGUCGUUCCCUCGAAUAUCGACGACGCCAAGUGGUUGACCGAGCACGACAGGGCCGUUGCUUACGAACGCGUCAGGUUCAACCAGACUGGAACGGGAUCGAGCAAGUUCAAGGUGCCUCAACUGCUUGAAGCCCUCUGGGACCCUAAGACCUGGAUCAUGGUAUGCACCUCGAUCUUGCUCAAUGCCGGAGCCAACGUCACCGGAACUUUCGGAGGACUUCUCGUCAAGGGUCUCGGUUUCGACAACUACAAGACGUCCCUCCUCAACAUGCCCUUCGGUGCCGUCCAGCUCCUCGUCAUUGUGCUCCUCGCUUGGAUUGCCACGCGAUUCAAGUUCAAGGGUGUCCCCCUCGCCGCCAUCUGCGUGCCCGUACUCGUCGGCUGUAUCAUCCUUGUCACUAGCGGGCGAGCGAAAAGUGAUGCGGCAAAGAACCUUGUUGGGUAUUAUCUACUUGGCUUCAUCUUCGCUGGAAACCCUUUGAUCGUGACCUGGUUGAUCGCCAAUACCGCUGGCUCCACCAAGAAGGCCGUUGUCACCGUCAUGUACAACAUUGGAAGCUCGGCCGGUAACAUCAUCGGACCCUUCCUCUUCCAAGCCAAGGAACAACCCUACUACAGGACCGGCUUGAAGAUCGUCAUGGGAGUCUUUGCCGCUCUCUUCGCGCUCGUCAUCUUGCAGAUGUUCCUCCUCAUCACGCUGAACAAGCUUAAUGCCAAGAAGCGUGUCGAACUCGGCAUGGAGGCCGUCAUCGUCGAUCGAUCCAUGAUGACCAAGGCAGAAGAGGAUGCUGCAGGCGCAGUCGAGCACGUCGAGCACAACGAGGAGGACGAUGACAUUACGGAUAUGAAGAACCCUCGGUUCGUGUAUGUGCUUUAAAGGGAUUGUAUAUAAGGUCGAUCGAAUUGGAGGACUGUCAGUGUAAGACUCAGGCUCGAAGUGAUAUUCAUAUAUGCUCAAGAACUCGAAGUGCUUGUUACGCGAGAUAUGAAACACAGAUCA